AUGGCUACCCCCGGUGUCCUUACCUUUGAUACUGAGGGUCGUGCUGUUGACAUUGAGGUCUGGGUCGAUGACCUUCAGCUGUUCUUACAGUGCGAUAGGGCGGACGGACUCUCACUGUUCGAUCUCACCUCUGGUGUCUCUCCUGCCCCGCCUGCUACUGCUGACAGCACUGUUCUCUCACAGUGGGCCACACGCAAUGCUGCUGCACGUCUUGCUGUGCGUCGCCACUUACCGACCACUGAACGUGCGCACUUUAGCCAGUACAAGAGUGCUAAGACCUUGGGUGUUCUCCCUCCCCCCUCUUGCCCUCUGUUGCUUCUGCUGCUGCGGCCGACCUCGUUGGUUUUGAGCCGGUCGGCGCUGCGUCUGCCCCUUCCGGGAAGCGCCGCACAGGCAAGGGCAAGGGGGGCAAGGGCGCUGGAGGGGCUAGUGGGGGCGGUGGAGGUGGUGGUGGAGGCAGUGGAGGGGGUGGGGGUGGUGGUGGGAGUGGUGGCGGGGCCGGAGGUGUCGGUGAUAGCAGUGGAGGCGGAGGAGGCGGCGGCGGUGGCGGAGGGAGCGGAGGCGGCGGUGGUGGAGGAGGUGGCGGAGGCGACGGAGGCGGCGGAGGCCGCGGAGGUGGCGGUGGAGCUGGUCGCGGCUUUGCGCAGAGGAGUGGCUCCGGUGGUGGUUCGCGCUAGCAGCAGCAGCGCGGCCGUGAGACCCUGUCCCCUCAGCAGCUUCGUGAGUGGUACGCUGGGCGUCAGCGGGGUGGGGGUACUGGUCCAUGCACCUACGUUCUCCGUACAGGCGACCGCGCUGGUGAGCAGUGCGGUGGCUCGCACUCCACCCAGCGCUGCUUCGGCCGCCUGA